AUGUUUUAUAUACAAAUAUCAAGGAAAACAGUCUUUUUUACGGGAAUAUUGAAAAAUUACAAUGACAACACUUUAAUUGGAAUGGAACAUACGAAUCUAGUCAGUACAAAAGAAUUACCAAUAUGUAAUGUAAAUGAUUGGGAUAAUAUAGAAAUAAUGAAUCAAGCAUUUGAAAAAAAUCUAAAAAAGAAAAUUGCAAUUGCUAGUUUAGAUUGGGUAUAA